GUUAUCAUUAGCAAUUAGGGAAGAAAAAAUUCCGAAAACUAUGCGUGAAGUUGCGUUUAUAUUAGGUUUGGAAUUCCGGAAUCUGACAGCAGUAGUUCAUAAAAUACGAACUCAUGUUCUCCCGUCAGUUCCAAGUUUCAUAGACGUUGAGUUGCUAGUUAUUAAUGCAAUCAAUAAAUUAUUUGAAAAUCAAAAUGUUAAACUUCCGAUAUACACUGAUAUUAGACAACUCGAUCAUCUCAAAUAUGAUUUAUCAGUAUUAAAUGCACAAUAUUAUGAUAAUUACUUGGAUGAAGAAACAACAAACAAUUCGAGCGAUGAUUUUUCAGUACUAAUAAUGAAAAGUUAUCGUAAAGUUUUUUUUAGUCUUUGCAUGGAGUUACUUAAGUAUUCUGAUAAUGAUAACCUUGUUAGCGGAAGACAACCUUCCCCCAUCGGUGCGGCAAUUGUUUUGCUUGCAAUUGAGGCUACUGAAAAACCGAGUUUUGAUGAAUGGAAAAAUAAUCACAGACGUGCAUCUGAAAUUAUUGGAAGAAUAUUUCAAAUUGAUCCAAAGUUGACAAUGAAUGAUAGAUAUAGAGAGAUGGUUAAUUUGAUGCAUUCCAAGGUCAACGCUCUCCCUUGGAGUUCUCUUUCACAGGAAUGUAAAAGCAGAUGUUAUAUAUUCAUCACAGAUGUAAUACAGUUUCAUAAAUGGAUUCUGAAUUGCCGCGAAAAAGGUAGACAAAAUGUUCGGCAUUCUGAUCAAGAUGCUAAUAAUGAACUCAUCGAAAUCGAGACGAACAAAGACCUUGAUUACAGAGACGUUGUCCAGGAACUAAGUAAAAAAAACGAUGAAGCUGGUGUAACAAAUUCAAGAGAUUUAGAAUUCUAUUCCGAUAGAGAGACUGAUGAAUCUGAUUUCUUUUUGGAUGACGAUGAGUUAGAAGACUAUGUACGAGAUGAAGAUGAGAUUGAACUCGCCAAGGAAUCUUGGGAGCUUUAUCAUCAAGAAGAUUCUAAUGGUAAAGAAAAGCAAUCGAAAGAUGCGAAAAGUAAGCUGCCCACAAAGCGAUGUAGAGUACUCCGUGAAAGAGGUAUCUCUAAAAAGUCUAAGACAACCGAUGUUAAUAACAACAGGAAUACACAUCUGGAAACUGCUUUGGAAAACAAAUCUGUAACACCAAAGCGCAAGUACACUAAGAAGGCAGAUAAGAUCGACGCGAUACAGGAACGUGUUCAGAUAGAAUCCAGUACUUCUAAAAUAAAACUAAACUUUGAUCCUAAUCAAAUAAAUAUGGCUUUAUUCGAUCAUAUUUAA